AUGCUGAUCACCGUAUUCCUGCAUUACAAAGGAGAGAAGACGCAGCGAAUAAAGGAAUACCGGGAUGAUACAACCCUGAAUCUGGACGAAUUCGUGAACGGUGACCUCACGUUUCUCGGGCUACCUCUGCCUCAGGAUUCUGCGUGCGCCUGGCAAUCAGGCAUAAUCAAGUGCAUCUGGCCACUCGAUGACGGCAGCUACCUGCGGAAGUAUAUCUCCGCUGCCUUUGAGGCGAUUGACAGACAAAGCUUACUCACCCGCUCCAUAUCUAUGGUAGGGCUGUCGAUGGAUGGUACCUUCAGUAAAGCUUCAUACAUAACCGCACCAGGCGUGAGGCACCCUACGGGGUACACUCCUCGCGCAGGGCCGUCAUAUAGUUAUUCCACGCGUACCAAGCGCCCCGAAGUCAACGACUCUAGCGAGACUAGCCGCUUCACCGAUGGCGCGUCCUUCCGGCGUGGUCUCUUCACGGUCGGCACAACCUCUGACUCGAUCAAGACGGAAGGCAGGCAACCCGUCAACAUCCCAGACACCCCGAAGGCUUCUGCAGCACGACCGCCCUUGCAGCACACGCCCCUGCGCAAUGCCGAACCCCCGCAAUCUCAUUCAGGGAGCGAUGCAGCAGCCGACAUCAGUGUCAAAGUCGAGGAGACGACCGUCACUGUCGGCCAACAGCCCCACGCGCUCCUCUCCAGGCAUGUCGCUCAUGGACCGCUUCAACACCUUUCCUUUCCCGACGCGUCCUCAUCUCAGGCUGUUCCGGCCAUCCCCUCAGCGCUGAGCCUUGCGACGAGUGCAACACCCGUCACAUCUAACGGCAACGUGAGCAGCCUAACACGCGAGAUGUGGGACGUCAGGCGGGAGAUCGCCGCCCUAUCCGCACGGGAGAUCGCUCUACAGACGCAGCUCAAGCGACUAGGAGCGCGUCCCGCGCCCGAGCCACCUGUAGGUCCAGUUGUGGAAGACGAUUUUACCAAGCUUCGCGCACAGCUAAGGGCAGAGUACGAGGCCCGAAAAGCGGCAGAGCGUGCGCUCCGGGACGAGCGGCGGCGGCGCGAACUUGCGGAGGCGGACGUGGCCGACGUGGGCCGGGAAUGCAAAGCGCCGUUCGUUGUACCCGCGCUCGUGGACGCGUUUUUGCAGAUGUCGCGCCUGACCGGAGAGGUGAUUGUUGGUACCGGGAGCAGUGGGGGACAUGACUCCCGGGCGCGUGAGUAAGGAGUCAAAAUCGUGAGGCUCCCAGCGUCCUGUUUAUCUGUAAGUAUGUACCUG